UCUGUGUUUUUUUAGGCCAACUGGCUGGUUGCAAAGAGCCUUGCUUUGCUAGGUGCCCUGGACCAAGCACUGACCUGCUAUUGUUCCAGCAGUAUGUUGCAUGGAGUGACCCAGGGGCAGAGGGUGGACUGUCCUGGUGGAGAUCGCACAGCUAGCAACUAAGGUGAAAGAUAAUUUCAUGGUGGAGAGCAUCCAAGCCUCUGCUGGUGAGUGGAAGAAAGUUCUUAAAAGACUGUCACUCCACAACAAAUGGGAAUCCGUACGUAUGCUGAUGGGGCUGUCAGCUGUAUCCUAUAGCACUUUGAAUGGCGUAGCGAAGGGCUGCAAAGCAGAUGGUAUCAAUGUGGGUGCGCUUCUCAACUCCCUGAGCGAACAAGCAUUGAACAGCUGGGGAGAGAAACUUGCGGUGGUUCUACUGAAGGAAGGUGCUGACUUGAAAACGGUGUGGAUGAAGAAGGACGACCUGCCCCUUUUGGCCGCACUCACAGUGGGAUUAAGAUGUGGGUCAUUUCAACUGCUCAAAUACCUUUUGGAAAGAUUACAUGCGGAUUUCGAGGCGAAGAACGGAGUGGACGGUAAUGGGGACUCGGCAUACCACAUAGUGGUGAAGUCCGGGAAGGCCAAUACAACAGUUGGAGAGACAGCCGUAAGACUUCUUCUGAACAACGGCUGUCGCUGUGACAUCCGGGACAAGGCCGGCAAGCUACCGUGGAAUACCUUAAUCCCACAGACCAAGUGUGAUCUCCGUGGGAGGUUGGAAGAGCUAAGGGAAAUUGGCAAGACUUGUAUGAAAAACCGAGCGUACGCAGAUGCCUUAAGCAAGUAUUCAGAGGGAAUCAAGCUGGCUGGUAACAGUGGGGAUCUGAAACAGGAUGUAGCCAUCUUGUACAGUAACCGCUCUGCUGUUUACACUAAGCUGGGUAACCUCAAAGCGGCCCUGAAAGAUGCCGAGACUUGUAUUCUCAAUAACCCGUCCUGGCCCAAGGGCUACUGGAGAAAAGGCCAAGUGCUGAAAUCCCAGGGACGAUACACAGAUGCCUUCUUGACAUACCGUGAAGGAUUUGAAUGUGACAAACGUUCGGAGGAGUCUGAAUUGUGUCUUGUUGAAGCUGUGACUGUGAUGAGUCAGAUCAAGGAUUACAAACCAUUUCUGAAGAUGCUUGGAAGAGUGGCAAAACCCAUCAUCUCGUCUGUGAUAAAACGGCUUGCUAAGCAGGCUGAUUGGUGUGCUCUGUCAUUGUUGAUAGUGGGUGGAGCUAAAUCUUUAACCAAGGCAGCCCAAGGGGGGACAGCUGAAGAAGUGAACCUCCAUGAAUUGGUGAGCCUUGUGGAGUCCAAACCGUCCUCUGUACGCUGGCCAUUUAACCUGCUGUUGUCUCUGAUGUUCAUGGGAGCAUCACCAGACACCAUGGUGUUGCAGAAAGGUGAUACGAGAUACCACGCCGCUCUCCGACUGGCAUUGCAUAUGGAGGAUUUGACUAUUUUGGAAAUUGUCAUGAAAACUCGUAAGCGUCAGGAAGUGGCAAAGUGUGUUAACGGCAACAAAGAAAAUCUUCUUCAUGCCUUGGCCAAAUCUCCAAAGAAGAAUUACCAGAUCGGCCAAUCAGCAGCUGACCUACUUAUCCGUCUAGGUGUUGACCGUCACCAGAGAGACGAGCAGGGCAAAAACACCAGCAGAUUACCUCCCCGCAGACUCCAAUCUUGCCCCGAUGUUUGGGAAAAUAACCGCAGUAAAGAAUGGAGAAUUGCCAUCAGAAUGGCGUGGCUGGGUUUUUUUGGUACAUUUUUAGGCACAACGCAGAAGGAGCCAUCACAGAAAGCCAAGAAGAAACCCCCAGUUAGAUCUAGGCCAGCUGAUCCUUGUGAUCGUUGUGUCUCUCACCUAACAGCAUGCCGCAGUCUCCAUCAGAAAGGUGACAGUGUGGCCGCCAUAGAGAGCGCAUGCAAGGUCGUUUGUGAGAAAUGGCACUCUUCAGAGCGUCACAAGAAGCUGAGAGGAGAAAGCGUGGAAGAAAUUUUGACUAUCCUGGAUCACUCGUUUAGACCAGAGAUCCCAGUCUGUAUGCUUGACCUGCCCCAGGAAACAUACAGGGGGCUGAUCAGGCAGCUGGCUAUACGAAAGCGCUGGCUGGUGGUGGAGAGACUUGUGAGUAAGUGGAGAGACAAGCAACCUGGUAACAAGGACAUGGCUGUUGGACUGUGUGUGGGUGACGUGAUUCGCUGUGACCAGCUGCAGAGCAAUGCCCUCUACAGGACUGAGGUAAUCCGUAUCCUGCUGGAUAAUGGAGCAUUUCUGCAAGCCACCCCCGAGAUCACUGAUGAGCCAAUUAGCAUCGCCCUGGAGAGGAAAUAUUUCCGAAUCAUACCGGUUCUUCUUCAGCACGGUGCUCAACCCAAGCGUGUACGCUUGACACAUGGAGAUACCCCUCUUCAUGCAGCACUUAAGGUGGCCUUAGAGUUGGAUAAAGGUAAUUUUGACUUGUUGGAAAGACUGCUAGAGAUGUACGACCAGGAUCAAGAAAAGUAUCCCUACCUUGACCCCCGCUCUUUGGACAAAACCGGUAGCUCGCUGUACCACAUGGCAGCAAAAUGUCGCUACAGCUGUCACGCACAACGUGCCGUGGAGUUACUGUGUGCACGACGAUUACCCGCAGGAGGAAAGGACAGCUCUGGGCGGGUUCCUCUGGACUACAUCAGCAAGCAGAAUGACCGCAGGAGAGAGUAUCUGAGGAUGGCUGCAGGCUACAGUCUGCCCUCAAAGAAAGCUACGUUCACACCCAUGCCAUCCAGUUCUUCAGAGCAAUCAAUGGAUCCUUCAGGAGAACCCUUUUGUCCAUCGCCGACCGCUGAGAAGGGCAAGGAAAUGCCAGAGAAUUCCGCACAGAUCAAGCUGCGGAAGUCAAAGAAAAGCGAGAAGGAGCGAUGCAAGGCGGCGUUGAAAAAGUGGAUCGGAGAACUCAGUGACUUUGUCUUUCAAGAAGAAGACGAUGAUUCCUUUAAAGAUAAGGUAGCAGAGAGAACUGGAUUGGGCAAAGGUGGUGAUGAAACAGAAACAAAGAGAGCAUUGUCCUCUGUAACUCCCGAUGAGAGUGGUGAUGGAUUACAUAUUGUAGAAGACAUUGAACAAGGUUUGGAGGAUUUGGAUGGAGAGGAUGUCGUUCAACAGGACGAUGCCAGUGACGAAAUAAAUGCCGACAUCUUUGACGACUUGGAUUGGGAAGUGGAAUGCACUGCAGAUGUGUGGAAAUUCCUGAAAAAUAAGCGCAUGCCGAUGUUUAUGAAGCAGCGAGCCAUCAAGCGGAUUCAGAAGCUGGCACGAGGUGAGUGGACUGAUUCUCUGACAAAAAUUGUCCACAACAUGCCGGACACACUAAAUCUGUUUGAGGCCAAGAUUUCCAAAGGUGCGCGGAUUCUCUGGGAGCGAGCCAUCGCAUUUUCACCGAAACUUUCUGAAAAGAAUUCCACGCAAGCAGACAUACCUGUGGAAGAACAAGCACAAAUUUACACGGAGGUGAUUCGCGUGUGGGACAUUGUGGUCUUGCACGACAACCUGUACCAUCGCAUUCAGCGAAUCGCACGAUCCCAUGCCCGCGGCAGGGACAGCAUUUUGCUCCAGAAACUUGUCCGCAUCUCUACUCAACAGACAACUGUCCGCGACAACAUCAAUUACUGUAUGCCAGAACUUUUCAUGGUGUCAGAAAAGAACACUGAACAAGCUUUAACCUUCUACCCGCCAGCCAGUCCGAGUGAACGCGAGUACCACAUCGUGAAGUUCUACUCUUUCUCAGCUGCUUUGGUCAACCAUAUUCUUCAUCAGACCGACACCAAGGUUGACUUUCCGUUCAAGGUCACAGACAUGGAGCAUGCCAUCAUCAGUCUGCAGUUGGGAGCCCCAGUGCUACUCUUGGGACGCAGCGGUACUGGAAAAACAACUUGUUGUCUCUACCGCCUGUGGCACGCUUACCUAAGGUACUGGACACAGGCCAGCCAGACAGGUGACCCACUGCUUCCACGCAGUGCCCACUUCACCAGGUGCAAGACUCCAGUCACAGAUGGCGAGGAGAGUAGUGAGGAGGAAGAGAGUGAUGAGGAAGACUUGGAGGAGGAAGAGGAUGACACCAGUGAGUGCGAGAAAGAGGAAGGCCCAGAGAGGGAGGAUGAGGAGGCUCCCGAGGGGGAGGUCCAUAUUCUGGACCACCUCCAGCAAGUGUUUGUGACAAAGAAUGGAGUCCUCUGUAAUGAGGUCAUGAAGAAUUUCCAAGACCUCAAUCACGCGUGCAGUCUGACAAACAAGCGUGCCGAAGGAGAAGAUAGAGCCUUGCCCAACAGGCUACAGGACAUCCCAAACCAUACCUACCCAUUGUUCCUCACCUCACAGCAACUCUUGCUCUUAUUGGACGCAUCGUUGCCAAGCAACCCGUUUUUUGAGAGGGAGGAGGAUGGGAGCUUGAAGAGGGACAUUCGAGGGUGGACCGACGCAGACAGCCCGUUAGCGGUCCUCUCCGAUCUUGACUCGGACUCUGAAGGGGAGGAGGAUGAAGUGGUGGGAGGAGCAGUGGGCAGUCCUAAUGCACACUCCACCCAGCAUCUGGAUCCCCGCCAGGAAGUGACCUAUCAAGUGUUUGCUGAGGAACUGUGGCCAAAGAUAAAGAUAAAAGGGUACCACCCCUCGCUGAUCUGGACCGAGAUCAACUCCUUCCUGAAAGGAUCCUUCGAGGCUCUGCGUUCGUCGUCCGGAAAGUUGACAUUGGAAGAAUACCAGGAACUGGGACGGAAGCGAGCCACGAAUUUCACAGGUGAAAGGGCGAAGGUGUAUACGGUGUUCAAACGGUACGAGGUGCUAAAGAGGCAGCGUGGUUUGUUCGAUGAAUGCGACUUCCUAUUGAAUAUUUAUCGGCGCCUGUGUAAAACGGAGAAGCAGAACUGGGUUUUUCACCAAGUGUAUGUGGACGAAACUCAAGAUUUCACUCAGGCCGAGCUCUGUCUGCUGAUAGGCUUGUGUCAGAACCCCAACGAGAUGUUCUUCACAGGCGACACAGCACAGGGCAUUAUGCGCGGCAUAUCCUUCCGUUUCAGUGACCUCAAGUCGCUGUUCUUUUACGCAAGCCGAUCGCUGAGAGCCAUGGGCAAACACCAGGCUGUAAAAGUACCAGAGAAGGUGUACCAACUGACUCACAACUAUCGCUCUCACGCCGGGAUCCUCACGCUUGCCAGUAGUGUCGUCGACCUCAUGGUGGAAUUCUUCCCCGAAACCUUUGACCAAUUGGGCAGGGAUCAGGGUCUGUUCUCUGGACCUCUUCCUGUCCUGUUGGAAUCCUGCAGUUUCUGUGAUCUUGCAGUUCUGCUCAGAGGGAACCGCCGGCAGACCUCAGAAAUUGAGUUUGGGGCCCACCAGGCCAUCCUUGUCGUGAACGACGCAGCGAGAGAGGCUCUUCCAGAAGAACUGCGACUUGGGGUUGUGCUGACCAUCUUUGAGGCCAAAGGUCUGGAGUUCGACGACAUCCUCCUUUACAACUUCUUCAAAGAUUCCCAGGCCAAGAAGGAGUGGCGUGUAGUGACAGAAUUUCUUCAUCGUCUGUCAGGAGAUGAGACAGAGAAUCCGUCCCAGACUGCAAGUAGUCAUGGUGUGAUGGAGAUAGACACAGAACUGUUGAGUGCCUCGUCCAGCCGACCUUUACCCUUCAACCCUGACCAGCACAAGGUGUUGUGCUCAGAACUCAAGCACCUGUACACGGCACUGACCAGAGCCAGGGUCAACGUCUGGAUAUUUGACGAAGACGCGGAAAACCGUGCUCCCAUGUUUGACUACUUCAAGGCCAGACGUUUAGUCCGUGCCAUUUCUGCUCGUGAGAACCAAUCCGAAGGUCUGACAGACGAAAUGUUUGCCGAAAGCUCGAGCUCUGCAGAUUGGCUGAAGCGUGGGGAUGACUUUAUGAAACACCGUCUGUAUGAAGUGGCCGCCAAAUGCUACAGGAAAGCCAACGUGGAAGACAAGGAGAAUAUUGCUUUGGCCCAUGCAGCUGCACUCAAAGCGACGCGCCUUCAGGAGAACCCUGUGCGGAUGAGAGAGGAGUUUCUGUAUGCCGCAGAGCAGUAUCUGAUCAAGUGCCACAUGAAGGCAGAGGCGGCGCGGUGUCUGAAGAACGCUAAGGAACGCGAAUUGGCAGCACGUCUGUACGACAAAAUGGGAGAGAUGGAGAAGGCAGGAGGAUUGUACAAGAUGUGCAAUCUCAACUACGAGGCGAGUCGGUGUUACGAGCAGCAGGGAUUGUACCGACAAGCCAUCAGCACACUCUGCGAGAUGAACAGCUACGACAUGGCCAUCGAUGUUCUCAAUAGAUACAACAUGAGGCUGAAGGACUACAACUCUAAGGGAAAACCCUUACCUAAGGCUUUGGCGGAAAAUCGCCCAGAACAGACCAUGGAUCGCCUGACGUACAAGGCCGCCGAGUUUCACCGGAAAAAAGGAGACGAGCAAAGAAUGUUGGCGUCUUUAGAGCGUCUGCGAUCACCGGAAGAUCGCAUCAACUUCCUAAUGAAGCACGGGAGACCUCUGCUGGCAGUUAAUGUACUUAAGGAACUGGGCCUUUACUCACGAGCGGCCUCUAUUCUUUUCGAAGAGGGCCAGUACGAUGAAGCAAUGAAGUUCGCUGAAAUGGCCAAAGAUGACGGAGUCGUAAAUCAGUGUCUUCUGGCUUCUUGUCGCAAGAAGAUCGUGGAUGAAGACUUGACCAGCACUCUCCCAGACGACAGUCAAAUAAAGGAGAAGGAAAGCGUUGUCAUGAACUUGAAGCAGUUGAUCACAUACUUCACCUUUACCAGGGAUACCAGUACUGUGGCUGAGAUUCACCUGUUGUUAGGCCAGCUCAACCGGGACGAGUCCAUGGUGAGAGAGUCCUGGUGGAAGUUUGGCAAGUUGACCCCAACCCCUAAUGAAGCUGGGCAAGUGGAAUGCUCUAAAGCUCUUCUGACCAUGGUCAGCCUGAAAGACGACAGUAAGGCUUGCUACGAGUUUGCAAAGAAUGAUCUCCUCCGCUUGCUGAUGGCCUUUAGAGCCAGUUACAGGCCCAGCAAUAACGAAGAGCGGGAGAAAGUCAGGUUGUAUCGGAGGUACUAUGGGCUGAAGAGCGCUAAGAUUGGGUAUUUGGAGUACUAUCCCAAGCACUACCCAAACUGCCGUCUCUUUCUCAGGGAAGACAGGGAAAAAUCUAGAAUAGAUAUUAAGGUGGAAGACGCCAACAGCCAGUUCCAAGCGUAUCUCCUGAAGUUGGUUGAGCUGUGGGUGUUGGAGAUAAGGUUAAGUGUGGAGCUUAUACUCAGUGAGAACCAACAAUGUCCAAAGUUUCUCUCAGGUGAGGGUUGUCAAGAGUCAGCGACCUGUCACUACCUCCAUAAGCCUCAUUCCAAAGAAACUUUCCUCAAUCUGUUCCACUGUCAUCUGAGCCAGGCACAUAUCUGCGCAGAAAUACUUCGAACCUGUCAGGUUGUCACUGAUGAAAGUCUUCGACAUCAACUCCUGAAACUCCUACCGUUGCGAAAUGAACAUGCAUCCCUCGACGAUCUCAUCCAUUUCAUUUUGCCGAAUACGACACACUGGAAGCAUUUUUGUAGCGACGGCCAGCUGCUUGCCUACGUCUUCAGCUCUUUGAGCCACCAAGACCUGCGCCACACGGUGGAUCGAUGGCAGAAUGAAAUGUGGAGGAGUCUCAAGUACAAGGAGAAGAUCUCAACAACAUCUGUGUACGUGGAGGUUUGUAUCUGCUCGGCAAUUUUUCUGCACGAAAUGAAUAAGGUGGAUGCGUGGAUGAAAGAAGCAGAAAAAGCCCCCUCAUUUAAGGCCAAUCAGAAGACGGAUAUGGAAAGAUCCCUUAGCCAGGGUGCAGCUAUGAUUGGAGAUAAAUACAAGGGCCAAAGCUGCUUCAUCUGUUACGCUCGCAGAUUCUUCGAAGCGUUGAACUUAGUAUACCGACCUCAGCCUGAGCCAGUUGAAGCGCUGCUCAAAUUCGGCAAGUUUUUGGCAAUGCUAAGGAACAAAGGUGACACUAAGGUUUUCCCACAUUAUGGCCAGCUUCUGUUUAGCAUGGAGUUUUUUCUGAUGCUUGAUUUCUCGUUGGGUGCCAAGCACAUGGGGCAAUAUUUGAUAGUUCCUGCGAGCUACAUCUCUGUGGUACGCUUUAUGGAUCAAUGUUUUGCAAAGCAAAAAUGCCAGUCCCUCUUUAACGUGGUCAAAUCUUCAAAGCUUAAUAAGCGUCACCAGAUUCUCCUGGACAAAAUCAGCACCAUGGUGGAUAUACUAAUAGGUAAGGAAACGAAGGGGAAAGGACAGGGAUUCAGUUUGCUAAAGGAUAUGUUGCAACCGUCAAGUCCCCACAUUGAGUCUGGUAUCGCUGAACGCGGUAUGAUUUUCCUCUUGACCUUGCUGAGCAAUGUGUCUUUGAUGGUCCUCGAGGAUCAUCAAAGUGACCUCUUACAAGCAGUGCACAACUCUCUUCCUGGCCAGACCAAGCUACCCCAGCGUCUGUUGUCAGUCAUUUCCAGGACUCGCAAAUCCGUGGGGCAGAAGGACAUUGUCAAGACGCUCCGCGAUGCGCUGAGAGAAAAAAACGACGAAGAUCUGCUGGUGUGCCGAUGGGUGGUCGAUGCAAAGAAGAAAGAAAGUCUCAGUCUGGAAAUAGUGGAAGAAAGCACUGUUUGGGAUGAACUGCCGAGUGAGUUUGGGACAGGCCAGUGGCAGGAGAAUACAUACAACUUCAGUGACCUGAAAGUGAAGGAGCCUACUGAAGAUGAAGGACUGGGAAUGAGUCCUGAGGAAAUGGAGAAGCAGAUGGAAGAAGAGAGGAAAGAGAAAGCAGCACGAGUCUUGUUGAAGUUCUUUAAGUUUGUUCGAUUCAAAAUGCGUGCACAAAUGGUCAGUGUCUGCUUACAGGAUUAUCUUGGAAACCAUGUUAGCAAUCCCAGGUUUCCAGCGUACUUACAGGAAAUUUUCCAGCGAUGCACAGUGGAUGAAAGUAUGUGUGGCAUAUGUGGUGUUCAGUUCCGACCUGUUGACGACGUUGAUAUGAAUGAUAUGACAGAACAAAGUCCAGUGAAAAUGCAUGGUUACAGCAACCCUUUUGCACCUAGUUUCUCUGAAGCUUUGUCCGGGAAACAGCGUCCGACACGAACGAUGCAUAUUGGAUCGGAAGAUCACCUCGCCAAGGAUCAUGAUUACCGGCUUCUCUGUGAAUUCAUUCAUGCUGAAGUCACCCCUGUGUUGGGUAAAGUCCGAAAAUACUUAAAACGGUCUGGGCAUCUCGACAGUGAACUCGACAUAAGUCGCCUGGCCAAACUUCAAGAUGAACUCUGGCAGGAAAUAAAACAGUUGUCGGAGUCUCGCACGUGGAAAGAGACAGAGAAAUUGAAUCGGCUGACUAGGAAACUGUCUAUGCAGUUCACCAGCAUGGGGCAUGACGUUCACGUUGACGCCACAGAUGGCAAGCCCUCCGAGAAAGAGAAACGACCUAGCCCGUCCGCCGCAGACGCGUCUUACACUGAAAUAGAGCUAGUUGUCGACGGACCGGAAAUUUGGGAACCCAAAGGGCGCCGUGCAAAAAAGAAGUUGGCCAAGAAGCGAAAGAAAGAGAAAAACUGACCACGAGGAAGCAUCAGUGCCAUUUUCCUAUUGUUGUUUCUUUAUUCAGUCAAAUGACACAUUUGUUACUUCAUACGCACUUGCUUUUGCCACACACUUGUUUGUCCAGCUAUUGGUUAUGUCCAUCUAGAUCUAGUUUUGAUGCUGUAUGCUAGAAUAUGUUUUCAGUGUUUCUUCGACAGGCUCAGUGUGCACCAGAGGCUACAGACAAACUACCUGUGAGCCCCAGAGAGCCUGCUUGCAUAACACUGUAGUCCGCACCGCCUGUGUAACAUCUUGCUGCCAGGUGCUAUUUCUCGUAUUCCCCAAAAAGCUGUGUUAUUUUUUCAGCUUAAGACAGGUCUGCAGCUAUACACUUAGUCCCAAAGUAGGAUAGGUUUCUAGUUCCUUAUCUAGAGCAUCAGGCAUUGGUGUUGAAAAGGUCGUGCAAGCACGUUAUUUAGUGACAAGCCAUUUGUAUAUUUCCUUUCUUUGAAGACAACUUCAAAAAACUGGGUUUUUCAGCCCCAAAACACAAUUUUCGCCGCAUUGUUACUCUUGAUGGACUGUGUAAUAUUGUUUAGUCCCAUAGAACUUUCUCCUUACGGUAACUCAUUUAAUCAAGCAUGUCAUUCUCAGAGAGUUGCGUGCGCAUAUCCUCCACUAAUUAAAAUACAUUUUUGCUUUAUACACGAUAAUGCUAAUUACGACAGCUAUAACACAUUGUGCCUUCUAGAAAACUUAUUUUCAAGGAUUUUGUGCCUUUUUACGCUGCUGUUUUCUCUUUGUACACUGAUACAUAUAGAUUUUUGUUUUCAGUGAUACACUUCCGUUUAUCAUUUGUACUGUUUUUUUACAUCAGUUUUCCUCUCCUUUUUUUUUUGCUGUGCUCACAUAUGCGCUUAAUGAUUUGGUCUCUCCUUUUACUCAUGAAGGUAAGGUUUUAUUCUGCAUCCUUAGCUGAAAGGUCUGGUAAAAGAUUUGCUUAGGGGAAUGGGCAGUGUUUCCAUACACACGUGUUACAUGCUAGGUGCAUUUCGCUGAACUUGGUAACCUCCAAUUGUAAUUAUUGUUCAGAAAUUACCAUCACUUGGUGGUGCUACCACAAGGCGUUGAGACUUACGCAAAAAGAAGUGGUUUACAAAAGAAAAAAUUCAAAAGAAAUUUAUGAAACGGUUGUUGACUGAUGGAAGUUUUAUGGACGUGGGUGUAAGCUAUUUCUCACUCUGUAUUGCUUCAUGCUCAAAUCACAAUGCUUUAUGGUGAUUGUGUCUCUUUUUGUAUUUACAUGAUACUGCAAUGUCAUUUUCUCAAAGAAAUAAAACUAUUUUCC